GGAAAGUCACCAGAUGAAGGGUGACAUUGUGGUAUAGUUAAAUUCAAGUGAAAUAAGGAAACAGGACCCCUUUUUUUGUGAGACAAAAUUUUCAUAAACAAUUUUCCAGGGAAGGGUUUCUCCUUUUAUCAUGUUCUGUUCUCUGUAUUUCUCUGUUUCCCGCCCAGAAGCUUUUUCCAAAAAGGGAAAAAAAGGGGAAGGGGGGCCCUGGGUUGGACCGGGGUUCUACCCUCCCGUGAUGCCCCAGCUGUCAAUGCCAGAGGACCCAGGACGGUGGGGUGUGGACCCUUCGUACUCCAUGACACACAAUGCUGAGGCCAUGGCCAAAGUAAAAGGCAUCGGACGGGGCAAAAAGUACAACCUAAUGGCUCAAGCAAUACCCAUAUAUGGCUUUGGAAUACUUCUUUACAUCUUCUAUAUAAUUUAUAAGCUGACAUGUAAGGGGGAGACUACUAAAUCAGGAAACUACACAACAGUAACCAAGGCAAACAUGGAAAAUAGGAUUACACCCGAUGAGCUUGUUAGGCUUCAGAAGAGACUUCUGCGAACAGAAGCAAUGAUGGAGAAGAUUGUCUCUGCAAAGAAGCGUGGUUCUGGGAGUAGCGGCAGAAGGAGGAAGAGUAAAACUUCUAUAUCAAAGAAGGAGGAGAAAUUACUCAAGCAACUUAGACAGAUCACACAGCUGAUACAAGAGGGCCGGUUGGAGGCAGUCUCCCCAGAGAUGGAGGCUGAGGAGGUCCCCUAUUGUGCAGACUGGGAAGGCUACCCAGAGGAGACCUACCCAGAGUAUGAUGAGCCCUAUAAAAAACGUGGAUUUUACACCUUUACACUAAAUGAACCCUCUUACCAGCUCACUGCUGAAGCCCUGGCAGAGAGGAUGGAGCAAGAAGAGGAAGAGAUUAUGGCAAGGAAACUAUCCAUAGUGAAAGAAGAGGAUGAAGAGGCACCGGAAGAGGAGGAGGAAGAAGAAGAAGAAGAAGUGGAUGAGGAAGAUGAGGAUAAAGAGGAAGAAGUGGAGGAAGUAGAGGAAGCGAUAGAAGAAGAGGAGGAGGGGGAGGAGGAGGAGGAGGAGGAAGAAGAGGAGGAGGAAGCAGAGAAAGCAGAGAAAAUACAGUUGCUCAGUCUUCCUUCACUCCAGCCUGCUGCAGAAAGAAAGGAAGAGAGACUUGGCCUGCAGCUGAGCAAAGAGCUACAGUGUCUUCAUGGAGGGAAGAAGCAAAUUAGCUUUAGUGACCACGAAGAUGUGUUCCGCUACCCUAAAGAGGGUACUUAUGAAGAGGAGGAAGAAGAGAAGCAAGAGGAGGUCGGGGAAGAAGAUGAGGGCACAGAAGGGGAAGAGGAGGAAGAAGAGGAUGAAGACGAUCCAGUGAUGGAAGCAGAGAGCCUGCAGUUCAGCUGUGAGGGUUGUCCCAACCCGGAGGAGGAAGCAGAGGAGGAUAAAGAAGAGUAUUUGUUAGAGUCAGAACCUGUGGAGGAAGACAGUCCCAUCCAUGCAGACAGGCCUAAGGAAGUCGGGGCGAGUGGUCUGAGGAUGCGGAACAGGAGAGAGACGUAAAAAAGACUUUUCCAAUUACCUAAAAUGAGUUUUUAAACAUACAGUGAACUUUAUGUUCUUUAAAUUGUACUCUGUUUAUUACUGUUCCCUGUGAUGUGAAAAAUGUACAACCCCAGGUGAAGAGAGACCUGCAAUGCUGCUGUAAAGUUACACUUUUAUGCAUAUAACAUUCUCCUUUCACACCAUCAAUGUGGUAAGAGCUUCUGAUGGUUAUUAUUUUUAUUUACCUUCCCAGCACACCCAUGGUCCACCCACACAGAUGUUUUUCCCUCAUUUGCCUUAUUAAACUCUUCAAUGCAAACAUGUGCUUGAUUGACAGCUCCCUCUCUACUUUCACUUGAUCAUUCUAAUUGGUUAAUUCCUGGCAUAGCCCAAUUGCAAUCAGUAAGGUUAAUUUAAAACACCUGUGUGGGUGUUCAGAGCCUUUAAAAGAAUUGAAGAUUAUUAUGAAGUUAGUGACUGCUCAUUUGCUUUUUAAUUUUAAUCAAAAAAGGCUUUACAGUUCAAAAUGAAAGAAUGUUGUGGACCCGCAGAAUGUUUGCAUUAUUUAUCAUCACCCCAGAUUACUUUUACAUGACGUUGUUGUUGUUGUUGUUGUUGUUGUUGUUGUUGUUGACAAUGAUGUUGUUAUUAGUUUUUCAAUAGACAUUGAGUCACGUUUCACAGAAGCCAUGGGUGCUCACAUUGGCAACAGGGAAUUGAGGCUUUGCUCCAAAGUAAAUAUGUAUGUAAGAAGUUAAUGAGUGUGACGUACACAACACUGUCAUGCAAUAUCUGGCUCCACCUGGUGGUAUUAAAUGGUUCUACACUUAGGGAUGCUCCCUGUUGAGCAAAUGUGCCACAACAGCUUAGAAUGCACCAUGACAAAUAACAUCCAGGGAGUAUUACAGCAAGUCAUCAUAGAUAUAAAAACCCUUUAGGGUGCACACAACCAGAGUAGAAGCAAAGCAGGUGGAGGUGGAGAAGGUCUUGCAAAUUGUCAGCAGUGGUAAUAUCAGUAAAAAAACAUGGGUCAACAUAAAGAUCGAAUGUGAGCAUGAAGAUUUAUAAAUACAAAUGAGUGCUGUAAGAUAGGAAGGGUGUGGUGAGAUAGCUCUCCCUGCUAAGAUUAAGUCAUGCUUUUUGCAUUGUUGCCUCUAGUAAUUAAUGAGAUUAAGUUACACUUCAUUACACGCCAUCCUUUGAAAUCCAUCUUUUGCACUUGAUCCAACUGUUUAGCCGCAGUAAACUGCCACAGGACAUGCUCCAGGGACUAACUAGUCUAUAUCUACAACUUUCCCCUUCUGGGAUUGUUCAGGUGCUGCUGGAUUUCCCUCUUUUUUAGGCUGGAUGUCCCAGAAUGCUGUGUGGACUAGCCAGACCCUCCUCCGCAGUGCUGUGGAGGAAAGUCUGGCAGUGUGAGGCUAGGGAUUAACUCGUCGUCAGGCUGCAACGUCAAACAUGUCCCUUUGACCAGUAGACCUUUGCUUUGUGGAUAUUUAGUAGUUACUUCAAAGUAUUAUCUUUUAUAAUAAUCUCAUUAUUAUUUUUUUUUAUUAUUUUUAUGGGGAUUUUCCCUUUAUUAGAUAGUGACAGUGGAUAGACAGGAAAGGGGAGAGAUGGGGCAUGACACGCAGCAAAGGGCCGCUGCAGGACCCAGCCCACAUGGGGCAAACACUCCCACUGGGUGAGCUAGAGAUCGCUCCAUAAUAAAAUUACUGAUAUAAAAACCAUGUAACCUUUUGUCACAUUGUUGCAAAAAUACCAAACUCACACAAUAAAGACAGCAUUAUUUCUAAACUUCGAAUAAAGUGUCUCUGUAUAUGUUUUAUGUUCUGCUUUUUUCAUCCAGCAUUUAGGUUUCUAACUGUGUAAACAAUCCACAGUAUUCGACAAAACAAGCUGAUACUUCUUGCCACUAGAUUUCAGCAUUACUGUGAUCACAGUACAUUGUCUGGCCAAAUUAGGAACCACACGUAUAACUCGGAACAAGAUGACUGAUACCAACUUUCUGGGCCUGGACAUUAACAGAAGAUGGUG